ACACGGCGGCCGCCGCGGGGCUCGAGCGGGCAACGGCGUCGGCGGCGACGGGUCCUCCUCCUCCUCCUCCUCCUCCCUCACCCCCUUGCACCUCCUUUUCUUCCUCUUUACUUUCCGGCCGGAUCUCGUCCACUUCCCCUAACAGCGGCCCGGAUCUUACGGUACCUAAAGGCAUGACUUCCCGGCACCUCAGGGAAAAUAGGGUGCAAGCCCAGAAACUAUUUCCCCACCACCACUUGUUGAAAAACUGAUUUGAAGGCGUCUCCGGGUGUGAAUAAACGGAAAGUGCCAGGAUUUGAUGUGUCUCAGGUUUUGCGCUGGAGACCCUUCACUACUAAGUAUCAAGAAAAAAAACUGGAAACUAAUCCGAACCUAAUUCAGGAUUAAAAUGGAACGAUUUGUAGUAACAGCACCACCUGCCCGAAACCGUUCUAAGACUGCUUUGUAUGUGACACCCCUGGAUCGUGUCACUGAGUUUGGAGGUGAGCUUCACGAAGAUGGAGGAAAACUCUUCUGCACUUCUUGCAAUGUGGUUCUGAAUCAUGUUCGCAAGUCUGCAAUCAGUGACCACCUCAAGUCAAAGACCCAUACCAAGAGGAAGGCAGAAUUUGAAGAGCAGAAUGUGAGAAAGAAGCAGAGGCCCCUAACUGCAUCUCUUCAGUGCAACAGUACUGCGCAAACAGAGAAAGUCAGUGUUAUCCAGGACUUUGUGAAAAUGUGCCUGGAAGCCAACAUCCCCCUUGAGAAGGCUGAUCACCCAGCAGUCCGUGCUUUCCUGUCUCGCCAUGUGAAGAAUGGAGGCUCCAUACCUAAGUCAGACCAGCUGAGGAGAGCAUAUCUGCCUGAUGGAUAUGAGAAUGAGAAUCAGCUCCUCAACUCACAAGAUUGUUGACAAGGAGGUUACCACCGUUGUGAUCAAGAUAAUAAUGUGGAGUAUUAAAGUUAUGUGUUGAUUGUGUGGUUCAUUUUUAUAUUUAUUUCAUUUAAAAUCAUGUGAUGCAGAAUAGUUUUGCAAUGUGUAUAUAGUUGCAGGCAAAAAAGAAAGAAAGAAAAAAAACCUCACUGCAAAACUUACUAUUAAUUAAUUUUAGUCACCAAUGGUAUAAAGCAAAACUUAGGUAUAAGAGUGUGCUAGGAUACCUGAAGUCUGAUGGUUAUCUUUAAAAUUGAUGGUUUUUCUCCUGAAAUAUUUGUGCAUGAAAGAACAGCCCUGCUUUUUUAACCCUGUUGCCAUGUAUGAUUAUUCCUUGUGAGAUUACAUAAUUAUUUGGAUUGAUGACUAGCCUAGGAAAUUGAAGCUGCUGCCAGGCAACACCACUUACAGUAACUUAAAGAAAUUAUUUCUGAUUAGAGGAUCCUCUUCAAAAUGGAAGAGAUGGUGGGAAACUGUUCUUAUAUCUUCAGAUCCCUAGUAGAAACGACUGUUUAUUUUGAACAGUUUUAUUUGUAUAUGAAAUACUUACCUAAGUACCCUUCAGUUCCUCAUUCUUUUCUCCCCCUUUUUUCAGGCUUGUAUUUAGUUAGCAGCUUCUAGUGACCAAAAGACUAAAAUCUUUCUUUUAAUGUCAGUGCCAAAAAAAUAUUGGAGAUUUUGCAGUGACAAGAUUUUAGUCUCUUAUUAUAAACACAAACUUUUGAACCAUAGCUUUCAUUUUAAGCAUCAUCUUAAAUUUGUCUUGGUGUCACUUCAGGACUGAUGUUUUAAUUUAAACUGGUAGAUAUUUCGUGGUUGAGUUUCCUCUUUUUAUGGAGAAUUAGUAGUAACUUUUUGGCUGACAGAUAAAUAAUAAAGAAAUUGCUUUCUACACUUUUAAUUUUUCCAUAAAAUUUUAUAAGAGUUUAUUUAGGUAAAUAGACUAGACUAGAAACAAGUUUACUUACUUUYGUUUUUAUCUGCUUUGCCUCUGGUGGUAUAAGGUCUUUAAACAUGAAUGGUAAACAAUUGUCUAGAAAAUCUGGUGAGACUUUGUAGUGGAGAUCUAGCAGUAUCCUGCAUAGCUGUUUGGGUGAGGAAAUAAUCAGUUCUGUUAAAGGUCAACCAUGUUCAGAAAAUGAUCUCUUCCUGAACCUCACUGUCCUAUACGGUUGUCAGAGUAGUGUAGCCCAGCUAGGUUCUCUCCAUCAGAGAUCCAAAUUAUAGUUUUUAAAAAUUUAACAGCUGAAAACUUGAACCAGAGCUUUAUUAAAAAUUGUUAGUUGUUUGAAAACAUUCAAGUUAAAAAUAUUGAUAAAAAUUUGUUUCUAUUACAAAGCAGUGACAAAUGAUGCCCUAUGUUACUUUUAGAGGGAGUUAUCUUUGAGGUCAUUUUUACCAUAUAUCUUCAUUUAAAAACAGAAAAAACCAAAGUGAGUAAGAAAAUACUAAACAUCUUAAGUGUCUUAAAAAUUUAAGUUCCUAAUUCAAAUGGUCAGAGUGGCUAAUAUUAAAUUUUCUUUUCAUUUUUAAAAGCCUGCUACCAAAAUCACUUUGUCAAAAUUUGAACUUUUAAUUUUUCUCAUGUUUGGUUAUGUUAAAGUAGCACAAUAAAUGCUUAGAGUAGUGCUCUUAUUGGUAAAGCACAUACACAAGGAGACCAGCAGCAAAACAACCAAAAUGUGUUUUGCUUUUACUUCUUGAAAAGAAUUUGCAGGCAACCAUGUUUAAUUUGAAUUUUUUAAUAUGGUAGAAGAUCUAAGAAGCUAGGAAAAUAAUUGAGUUAUCUAGAACAUUUUCAGAAUACAAAAGUAAAUUUAUAUAUAUAAUCAUUCCAAUUUUUUUGAAACUCCUUGUGAUUUAGACUACUCCCUGUUGUUUGGGUAUUAUUUGCACUACUAUUAACUAUGUAGUGGAAGACCAAAUUAGACCCCAGCAAACUGAUUGAUGUUACACUAGAAAAAUCAGUAAUUCACAUUUGAGUUUCUAGCAGUUAUUUCUUAUUUGAUGAUAAUUUAGGUCCUGUGUAUUUUAUUGUGUUCUUUCACUGUUCCCACAUUCACUGUAUCUAGGGACAUAGUCCAUUCUGUUAAGAUUAUAUCAUGUCCUUAGAAGACUUUUCCAUCCUAAAGUGGGGGGAAGGGGUAAUAUUAGUGUUUCUUUACUGAUUAUGAACCGUUCAUUCCCUGAAACUGGUUAACUUUGUCUUGUGGUUAAAUAAGAAUGAUUGUUUUAGCCUGCUCAAACUGAUAAAGAUCCAUGAAACCAUGAUUGGCAUAUGUUAGGUAACAAAUGAGAAUGUCCAAGAGGCUCUGGAGGUAGAGYGAACAUGUGURCAGAAGCUUUCAAUCUUAACUAUAUAGUGUUAGUGUGAUGCUAUCCUAUUGGAAAAAUAGCAACUUUUUUCUAUUUUAUAAGUUGUAUGCAUAAACAUAAGAUUUGUAAUGUUUCAUUUAUAAACUGCCUUCAACACAUGCUUACAUGUCAAUAGUAUUUUCCCAAAGUAUGGUAGUAUGUCUUCCAGAAUCUCACUAUAUGCUUACAGUAAAUAGUUCCUAGCUUGUUGAAAUGUUGAACAUUUAAUUGGUUUCUUUUUGAUUAUAUGGGGCAUAUAACAAGCCUGAAGGACAUUGUAAUCAUUUUUACAGGGUGAAAAUUCAGAAAGAUUUUGUAUGAGAGCCUAUAUAUAUAGUUACUUUAUCCAUUAUCAUCUUUGAUUAAGGCUUUUUUUUUUCUCCCCCAAAUGCUACUUCCAGUUAAUGCAUUUGACCUACCGAAUUUUCAGGGACCAGCAAACCUUAAAAAAGUUCUUCAUCUUACCUGUUGUAAUCACCUAAGUAUCAGUUUGGGAUUAUUCUGAAGUAUUAAUUGCUUAAAAGCUAUUUUAAGUACAGUUGGUAAGAUGGCCACUCUGAAAGUUCCUGUUAAAACUUUUGCCUAAAAGAAUUUGUGUGUGUAUCUUAAUGGAAAAUACCUACAAGCAAAAUAAAAUUUAAGGUGGCCCAAAACAAAAGCCACAGUUUACCAUUGAUGCUUAGUCUUUGUAAGGKCUCUCUGUUUUGACUCACUUCAACUGCCAUUUAAUGAGGGCAGAUAACCUUUAAACAUGUUAAUUUGAUUGAUUUACAUGGAAGGUUAGUUCUGUAA